GUUAUGGUUGAAGUUGAAAGGGAAGUUAGAAAAAGUAGUGAUUUUUACAUUUGUGUCUACGUUUAGGCGAAAAUGAGUGAAAUAUUAAAAUACAUUGUUAGUAAGCUCAAUGAACAACCUUUUAAUAAGAAGUAUAAUUUGAUAUCAUUUGAUUCUUUGAGCCCAGAAGAUCUUCUGCAGGUACUAACGGAUGUUUUGGCGGAGGUUGAGCCAAGCAACAAGGUUGAUGUUCGUGCAGAGGAACCUGAACAAACCGUUGUCCGUUUGCUGACCAUGCUGCGAGUCCUCAAGUACAAACCCAGUAAAGAAAUAAACGUAGGUCAGUUUCGCCAGGGGCUGGUGCAAGGAGAUAAGAGAGUUAUUCACCCUAUACUGGAAUGGCUGCUUAAGAAUAUGGAAGAUCUGCGCAAGAGAGCUUACAUUGCAAAGUUUCUGGUGAAGAUCGAAAUCCCUCCAGAGAUCCUGGGUGAUGCCGAUAUCGCAAAUCUUGUGGAACAGUACGACAGACUGAUUGAAGAGUUCAAAGCUACACACAAGGAGAGCGAGAAUGUCAAGUCAACUGGAAACUCCGUGGCCGAGCUACGAUCCGAUAUUGAGGCGAUGGAGAAGGAACACAACAUUGUGUCCAAGAAGAUUGAGAGAAUGCAGAGAAAGGUAGAAAAUGUAGAAAACAAGGACACUUUACUAGAGGCUUGCAGAGAACUGAGGGUUGAGCGAGAAAGGCAGAAAGAUUUGACCAAUCAAAAAGCCGAAGAAGGAGUUGCAAUUCAGCAAUUACAGCAGAAAGCAACAAGACUGAGUCAGCAGUUGAGGGAACUGAGGCAGAACUCUUCAGGAGCCACUUCUCAAGGUUUGCUGCAAAGGUUGGAGGAGGAGAUUAAAAUGACAUCUUACAUUGUAAACCAAAAGCUGCCUCGAGAGAUUGAACAAAGACAGAAGGAAGUUGAUGUUCUCUCGAUGGUGGCAAAUGAACCAGUGUUGACCAGAAGCAACUUAGACCUACUGCAGGCCAAAGUGCAAGUUGUGACAAGUGAAGUAAACGAACUGGUAGAGCGCCAUCUAGCCACCAGCAAUCCGUCAGAUGACAAACUGGCGCCGUUUCGACAACAAGCUGCAAUCAUCGGUAGGAAGAAAGACACCAUCGCUGAGCAGUUUUCAGAACUGAGAGUGCAGCAUAACAAACUACUUGAUGAAAUCAGCUCAGUGACAGAACAGCUGCGUCAGGCGGGGGGUGAAACUGGUGUGUUACGAGGGGAUGAGUUCAAACGCUACGUCACUAAGCUGCGUGCUCGUAGCUCCAUAUACAAGCGGAGCCGAGCUGAACUUGCGGCAAUGAAGGCAGAAGCUGGAGUACUGGCUCGUACUCUUGACAUACUCAAGGCUAGACUUUCACAACUAGCACCUAUAGAGGAAACCUCAAGUCAUGCUGGGAAAGACUCUUUUGAUGACCAUGAUAACUCAGCUGCUGAUCUCAAAACUAAAAUUGCGAUGAAGAAGGCACAGUUGACACCUCUUAUCAAAGAAUUGCAACCACUGCGGGAGACAGCACAAGCUGUAACAGCAGAGUAUGAAGAACGGAAACAAUCGUAUGACCGCAUGUCGGCUGCCCUAGAUAGCACUACCGCUAAACUAGAACAGGAGGUGCUCCGUCUGAGAGAGGAGAGGCAAGUGGCAGAGACAGGUCAGUUUGAGGCAGCAGCUCGCAUUCAGGUGUUGCAGGUGAUGAUAGAGCGAGUGGCGGAAGAGGUCAGGCGGUAUGUGGAGAAAGACCAGUCACCAACAAUCAGAGAUAAGCUCCAACAGAAAAUAGUGCAACAAGAGAGAUUGUCUCGGCAGCUGAAAGAGGAACAGCAGAGAGUUCGGUCUGAUCUGGAGAAGAAAGCGAAACAGCGACAGUUAUGGACAGAUCUGCAGGCACUACUUGAGUGUAAAAAGCAAUGCCAAGAAGAUGCAAAGAGAAAUGCAGGAAUUCUACAUAGGGUAAAAGGUGCUGAGACUCUAGUACUUCAGUAAGUGGAUUAUUAAUUAAUUG